AUGAAAGUAGGACUUCCAUCAGAAUUGAGCAUCGGAAAGCAACCGAGAAUGAGCGAUUCAUACGUAGAGACGCUUGGUCAGAUGAUUGAUCUGUUCCAAAAUUAUAAACCUGGGCUGAUAACUUUGGACAAUGUGACAAGGUUGUGCCAGACUCUCGGGCUCGAAUCUUUCAUAGACAUCCUUGACAAUGACAUUUCCAGACUGUCCACUGCGUCCAAAAUCAUAGUGAUAGACAUUGAUUACCAAAAGUCGAAGAGGAAAGUGAAAGAUGUCAAGCUGGUAUUGGCAAGCAAUUUUGAUAACUUCAAUUACUAUAACGAUGGGGACAAGAGCAACAUUCUGUUCAAUUCGCUUGAUGUUUUCCCUGAUCUACAUGCAUUUUACCAUAACCUGAAGUUUUUGACCUUACUAGACAACUAUUCCCAAAUAGAGGCCGAUUCGGAUGGCUCCAAUAAAAAUGGCAAAUUUGAUCUUUUCAAGUAUUUUACAGAAUUGUUCUCAUUUCUGUCGACCUAUCUCCAAGAUCGGCCUUUGAAGUUUAAUGUGAAGGCUAAUGUGGAUAAUCAGUUUGGAAUCUUUAUUUACCAUGAGCAAGUAUGUGUUGCGAAAGUGGUGUUGGAACAAUCCACGGACCCGGAGCAUCGGCUCUACGAGUACGCUUUUCAAAACGACGAAUGGAUAAAUGAAAAUUUGCAAAAUUUCACUUCAGGUGUUGCAUUAACGUUGGAAAUAGUGCCUGAAGUGUACUUCCCUCAAGAGCUCGUUGCUUCUGAACUACUUAUCGAACUGGACGCCGAUAGACCUUUUGCCAUUCAAAAUCACCACCAACGCAUUCAGCUCUUCAACGAUUUUACUUCGGAGCUCAUUCCAGCUAGAAAAUUCAACAUCAGCAAUGACAACCUUGAUCUUUUGUAUGAGAUCUUGAAAUGGGUAAACUGGUGGCAUCAAGUGUUUUUCCCUGUUCUCAGCACACUCAAAUGUCCGCAAACACAUCCCUCAGUUGAGUCAAAAAGAAGAUCGUCGUCUACUUCUACUUCCAAUAGUACGCUGCGGCGUGCUAGCUUUGCAAGAAGACGCAGAUCAUCGGCAAAGGGUAGAAGACCCAGCAUAAAUGAAUCCAAGAUUUUGAAAGACGAAGGCAUGCAGCAAUUCACAUUGAAUGAAAUAAUGAACCAACCUGUUCUCGAUGAAAACGAUGAAGAUCUUCAAAAGGUGUACGAUCUGGUCAUAAAUGAGGAUUAUCUAUAUUUGCAAGAAGUUGGAAGUUGUGGCUUUCAUGGUGACCCUGCGCAGUGGGGAGUUUUUAAAUCGGAAUUUUCUUCUAGAUUUAUGUAA